GAAGGAAAGAGAAAUAUAAGGCGGAACACCAGUGCCGUAAUCCGUAUGGCUGCACCAAAAGACGGACGGGACGUGUAAGACCCUUUUCUUCCCACCGGGCCGACCUUUCUCCGUUCAUUCGUGCUUAAUACAUCUGAUAGAACGAUCGUCAUUGAUGCUGGAAAGACAUUUCAAGCAGCCGCGGUGGAAUGGUUUCCAAAGUAUGGACUACGGAAAAUCGACGCCUUACUCAUCACACAUCCGCAUGCCGAUGGUAAAAUUUAUCGUGAAUGUGGGUUAAGAGAGUGCUCAUAGCGUCAUUUCAGCAAUGAACGGUUUGGACGAUCUACGGGGGUGGACAUUGGGCAAGCGUAUUCAAGAACACAUCGACGUUUAUGUUUCGCAAAACACUUUCACCGAAGUUCAGAGAUGCUUUCCAUACCUUGUGUCCAAGGAAUUUGCAUCUGGAGGUGGAGAUGUAAGUAAUAAGUCAAUAUAUCAUUCUCUUCCUUUCGACUAUUCUUUGCCAGGUCCCUGAAUUCAAAUGGCACAUAAUCGAGGACAAGGUUCCUUUUGAAAUUGAAGAUACC